CAAAAGGAAAAACAGCGUAAAUUUGUUUACUCUGCAAUUUGUUGGUGUUGUGGAGAGUUUGAUGAAGAAGGUGCAGCACCUCCACGCCCUCCACUUGAAACCAGACCAGAAUCUCCUCCCCGUUUCCUCCCAAAUCCUACAACUCUUAAAAAAUGGGGAACUCUCCGAAUCCAUCCACCUUCUCAACACUUCCCAACCACCACUCUCUCUCAAACCCGUCAUCUACGCUUCCCUCCUCCAAACCUGCGUCAAAACCUCCUCAUUCCUCCACGGCACCUCCGUCCACGCCCACGUCAUCAAAUCCGGUCUCCACUCCGACCGCUUCGUCGGCAACAGUCUCCUCACUCUCUACUUCAAAUUAAGCCCAGGCCCACACUUAUCCCAGGCCCGUAAACUCUUCGACUCACUUUCAAUCAAAGACGUCAUCUCAUGGACUUCUCUCAUUUCCGGUUACACCCGCGCCGGCCUGCCACGUCAUUCCCUCUCUCUUUUUAAUCAAAUGUUGGCCUUUCCCAUUCAGCCUAAUGCAUUCACUUUAUCCUCCGUUAUCAAAGCCUGUUCCGAAACCGGUGACUUAAACCUCGGUAAGACCUUUCACGCCAUUGUUAUUUCACGUGGGUUUGAUUCCAACCAUGUUGUUUCUUGUUCGUUGAUCGAUAUGUAUGGUUGGAAUCGUGCUGUGGAGGAUGCUCGGAAAGUGUUUGAGGAAAUGCCUGAACGAGAUGAUGUGGUGUGUUGGACUUCGAUUAUAUCUUCGUUUACGCGAAAUGAUAUGUUUAAAGAGGCUUUGGAGUCGUUUCUCGUUAUGCAUAGGGUUUGUGGUUUGAUUCCUGAUGGUUUCACUUUUGGGACGUUGUUGUCUGCUUGUGCUAAUUUAGGGUUGUUGAGACAAGGUAAGGAGGUUCAUGGUAAGCUUGUUGGUUUAGGGUUUUGUGGAAAUGUUGUUGUUCAGAGUAGUUUGUUGGAUAUGUAUGGAAAAUGUGGUGAUGUUAGAAAUUCUAGGGUUGUGUUUGAUAGGUUGAGUGAGAACAAUUCUGUGUCUUUGACUGCAAUGCUUGGUGUGUAUUGUCAAAAUAAGGAAUAUGGGAAUGUACUUGAUCUUGUUAGGGAGAGAGGGGUUGUGGAUUUUUAUGCAUUUGGGAUUAUUCUUCGUGCGUGUUCGGGGUUGGCUGCGGUGAAUCAUGGGAAGGAGGUUCAUUGUCGAUAUGUGAGGAAAGGUGGUUGGAAAGAUGUUAUAAUUGAGUCUGCAUUAGUUGAUUUGUAUGCUAAAUGUGGAACUGUUGAUCUUGCGCGUAGGGUGUUUGUGAGUAUGGAGGUUAGGAAUUUGAUCACAUGGAACUCAAUGAUUAGUGGGUUUGCGCAGAAUGGAAGAGGGGUUGAGGCGUUGGCGUUGUUUGAGGAUAUGAUUAAGGAAGGGAUUAAGCCUGAUUGCAUCACUUUGGUUGCGGUUCUCUUUGCUUGUAGUCAUGCAGGUUUGGUCGAUGAAGGUAGAAGGUAUUUUGCUUUGAUGGGGGAAUAUGGGAUUAAGCCCAUUGUCGAACACUAUAAUUGCAUGAUUGAUCUUUUAGGACGUGCCGAGUUUAUAGAGGAGGCUGAGAGUUUGUUGGAGAAUGCAGAUUGCAGAUACGAUAAAUCGCUUUGGGCAGCUCUUCUUGGAGCUUGUACUAAAUGCAAUGACUAUGUAACUGCCGAGCGCAUUGCGAAGAAGAUGAUUGAAUUGGAGCCUGACUUCCAUUUGAGUUAUGUUCUGCUUGGUAACAUUUAUAGAGCAGUUGGCCGGUGGGAUGACGCCGUAGAGAUCAGAAAGUUGAUGGAAGAUAGAGGGGUUAAGAAGUUGCCUGGUAAGAGCUGGAUUGAUGGUGAAAAUCAAAAGGGUUCUCAUGUUGAGGUAGCACGUUAGCUAGUGAAAGUACUUGCUUCAUGUAGAUUAUUCAAAGAUUCUAUGGUGUUGUUGUGAAUAACUGAGAUUGAUUAUUUUUCUCUCACUCGGGAAGUGACUGUAUUUGAAGCUUGAAGCAGCAUCUAAUAAUCUUUUGUUGUUUGGUAAGAGAGAUCACCAUGAUAAGGCCUGCAGAAUUCAUCAGCUGCCAUGUUCGUAGUGAAGCUUAAAUAGGGGUAGGAUUUUACUCCUGUUUGCUUAAACACAUCUAUUGUCUUCUCCCCAUUUUCGGUCAUUGCAAAAAUCUACAAACGACUGAUAAAGAGGUUCAUUCUCAAGUAUUGACUCUUCAUAUUUCCACUUGAUCAAAGUACUAUAUGCAAUGUUUGGUUGUCACUUGAAGUGUUUAAAUUGAAUUUAGCCGCCCAACUUCACAUAUAUUUUGACUGGAUUUUAUUGAGUAGUUUGUCAUUUUGAAAUGACAAUGGAGGGCUCUGCAGUUUCAACUCAACGCGUCAGAAUAAGAAUUUGAAUAAGUUAUAUACAAUACAACAACUGAAUUUUUAUUUUUUAUAUUUGUGUGUUAUUUUACUUGCUGAAUUCAUAGGUCUAACUUCACCACAUUGUAUAUUUUGAAUCUUGAGAUCACAACCAGGACUGAGUUAUGCAGCAUAGACAUUCAAUGUUGAGGAUGAACCUGACCAGAACUGGAAUCAUGUAUUCUCUACAUUUCAUGCACCUUGCGCUGUUGGACUUGAACUACUAGGGACUUGCUAGUUUUUAUUUUAUCACGAAAAGUGUAACUUGAAUGGCAAAUUACAAUAGUUUUGGUCGAAUAUUGACCUGGAGAAUUCAUCGAACAAAUUGUGGCAAUUUCUUUUCUGCUUGCUACAAACCGUGAGGAUUUACCU